UUGUCAUCUAAACUCCAGCGAAAAAACUCCUUUUUUUUUCUUCAACUGGGUACCACGAGGAUUCCACCAGUCCUAUUUUCAAGGCAGUAAGAAGUAGCAAUAGAUAGCACAGUUAUAACAGGCGUAGACGGUGUAAGUCAAUGAAAGCUCUAGAAAAUUGAAGACUGAAAGAUAGUGGAUACGAGAAGGAGCCAUGCGAUGCACUGACUUUAUUUCAUUGGUGUUGUCCGUGUCGUAUGUCACCUGUGGAGGUUAUGAAUACGUAGGUUGCUAUAAAGAUUCGGACCCCAGAGAUCUCCCACAAAGAGUUCACGGCCGUGAAGUGACAGUAAAAUCGUGCGCCAAGAGCUGCAAGGACCUGUUUUAUAGAUUCGCUGGCCUUCAGUUUUCAUAUCUCUGCUUCUGUGGUAACAAGCGAGGGCGGUACGGUCUGCUGCCGGAGUGGAAGUGUUCGAGUGAAUGUACCAAUAAAGAAGACAAGCAUUGUGGAGGAUACUGGAGUAACUCCAUUUACAAAACAGGUUAUGAUCCACCGGCUGGUGUCAAGAUAACUCCACUGCUAACAAAAGCCUUAGCUGAUCUCAAACCGCAUGUAAAUGCUACCAACCACACGAAGGAACACAAGAAGGCUAAAAGUACCAACCACUGACUGAAAGAGAGAACGGAACUCUGGCAUCCCAGGACAUAUCUCGCUGUUCUGUUUGUUUUCUUGGCUUGACUUCCUUGAAUGUUUUAGAUGUUGAAUAACACUGGUAGUGCUUUUUUCCUUUGCAAAUCAU